AUGGCCAAACAGUCAAAUAGUUUCACGGAGCCCCAGGUGGCUGACUCAGAACGUGUACCGCAAUCUGAUUCUGAACUCCGAGACGACCUGUCGUACCGCCAUGUGAACCUGGAAAGCGAAGACGAGGAGGAUUUCGAUGCCUUUGUGCAGAAGUACGGCGCAGUUAAAGUGCAGUACAUAAAGAAGCCAAGAGUCCGCUCUUGGUUUAUUAAUAAGCCUUAUGCGCUCAAUUUCUUCUACAACGGAACGCUCUACCGCACGAGGUCCGAGCGCGGCGAAAGUGGCAAGGUGGAGCUGUUUUUGGACCUGCUCUACGUGGGAAUCGUCGCCAAACUGGCCUCUUCCGCUACACAAGAGCCCACCGGCCUAAAAUCUACAUCCUCUGGAUUCUAG